AUUUAAUGCUAGAGUCUGGAAGAGAGCCACUGCUUACAUCUUCCCAAAUCCAGUGCCCAUAUCUAUGUGGCAAAGGCUUCAAAACCGUUCUUUACCACUGGCCACAUAGCCACUACCUAAUCCUGGCGAAUCAUCUCGUCCUUACCAGCCUCUAACAUCAUCCUAAAACCUUGAUCCUCUUUCAGCUUCCUUAAACUGCCAGCUUUUCUUAAAACUUUUUUUUUCUGAUCCUGAGUACUUUAACUUUUAACCAUAAAAGACAUCUAAAAUUUAAUUAUGAUCCGAAAUUCAAAUUACACAAACUUUGUUUGCUGUGCUGUUUGUAAUAAAAUAAUUCCACCAGCCCCUUUUGGAGAAACCUUCAAACAGAUCUAUGAAUACAAGCCAUUUAAGACACGCUUUUACACUCACAAAGAUAUACUGAGUAUUGGGGCAGAUAUUCUGAAUAAAGAAGAGCAAUUCCAAGAGGCAGUACUCAAAGAACGUAUUGCAAAAGCAGAAGCUGAUGUGUGGAUUCAGGCUGAUAAACUUCAAAAACAAGCAAUCGAGAAGGCACUUGAAGAAGCAAAUGACAAACACAAAAUGCAUAUUCAGAUUCUGGAAGAAAACCAUCAAAAAGAAUUACAGGAAAUGGCAGCUAAAACCAAGAUAGAGAUGCACCAAAACAUGGAAAAUGAGCUACAGAGAGAACACCUGGCUGCAGAACAACGCAUGAUGCAUAGAAUCCAAAGGAUUAUGAUGGAGUGCCGCAGGGAAACGGUCCAGGCUGUGGAGCAGGCCAGAGCGGAGGAGAGACAGAGAGCCCAGGAGGCAAUCCAGGCCCAGAAAAGAAUGACGAUGGAGAAAAUUUUGAAUACGGAUGCCACAGUUACGAAGGAUCAGAAGAGUGUGAACCAACUGAUAAAAGAAAAAGAACAUGAAAUGAAUGUCUACUAUUGUAUGGCUCAGAGGCAGAAGCAAGAAGAGGUUCAGGAAAUACUCCAAGAAGCAGAGAAGACACAUCGGGCCACGCUUGGAAAUGUGAUGGACAAGCUGGUUAGCACCCAGGGAGAGCUGCUGUCCAUAGUGAGGCAGCUAGGCCUCAUGACAAAUUGGAAAGACUUCCUGGAGGAGGAGUUACAGGAAACAAGAGCAGCAUUUCAAAAAUAUAUCAAUUUUACAUUUCCUAAGCUCUCACCAGGACAUGCAGAUUUUCUUCUGCCAGAAAGAAAGAAAACACCUUCCAAUCUUAUUAUUCAGGAGAAUGAAACAACUCCUGAUUAGAAGUCUUCAACUGAAAUUUCACUACAAAAGCCAUUGUUCCAAAGACUAAAUAAAUUAACUCAAAAACCA